AUGGAAACAACAGGUUGGUUGUUGCAAAUGAUAAAACUUAUAAUUAUCAUUGUAACCAUUACGACAACAACAAAAACCACAAUAACAGCAGCAAAUUUAUAUGAUCAUUUGGAUAAUUCAAAUUUCUACAGAUCACUAAAUGAUGUAUACGAGCCAGCAGCUACUGAAUUAUUAAUUAAGAGAGAUUAUGGUGAUAUUCCAGGUGUACUUCGUUUUGGCAAACGUGAUUAUGGUGCAAAUUAUCCAUACAAAAACUUUGUACCAAAUGUAGUGCCAUUUGGUGAAAAUGAUUAUGAAAAAAAGGAUGUACCUGGUGUAUUGAGAUUCGGUAAAAGGGAAGGAGAUAUUCCAGGUGUACUAAGAUUUGGUAAACGUAAUGAUGAUAUACCGGGCGUAUUACGUUUCGGAAAGCGAUCAGCGCCAAGCUUAUCACGAUUCGGUCUUCAUUAA